AUGUGGCUGGUGGUGGCCAAAGGUGGCUCGUGGUGGCCCAAGGUGGCUCGUGGUGGCCCAAGGUUGCUGGUGGUGGCCCAAGGUGGCUGGUGGUGGCCCAACUCUCUAUUAAGUACCCUUUACCGCUGGCAGGAGAUAUCAGCCCGGAGGAUGGAGAUCAUUCAGACAGCCAUCGAACAUCAGAUCAGCAGGGAGGGUGACUACAUCUUCUGUCUGGACGUGGACAGCAAGUUCCACGCUCGCUGGGGGGCCGAGUCUCUGGGCAGGCUGGUUGCUGUGAUUCACCCAUGGUUUUACCAGGCGACCCGUGACCUCUUCACAUAUGAACGGCGCCCAGCCUCGACAGCCUACAUCCCCAUGGAUGAGGGAGACUACUACUACGCCGGGGCUGUGUUCGGAGGGUCCGUGGAGGAUGUGUACACACUAACAAAGGUUUGUCGGAACCAGCUUGAAGAGGACGCGAGGAAUUCCAUCGAGGCUGCCUGGCAGGAGGAGAGUCACCUCAACAGGUACCUGCUUUACAACAAGCCCAGCAAGCUGUUGUCUCCAGAGUACCAGUGGGAUGACAAGAAGACCAAAACCAAUGAGGUCAAAGUCAUUCGCUUCUCUUCUGUCAUUAAAAACUAUGCUGAAAUUCGUCCCAAUGUAUAGGACUAGGAAUUGGAUAUUCGACCGGCCGAAAAAAUACUUUAUUGAUGAUGGUUAAUUUCAGGUAUUGCUUCACUGAGGUUUGGGUUAAGGUUAGGGAAAGGCAUAAAAUGUCACAUUGGGUAUACAGAUGUCUGGCGCCAUUCAUUUUCUGUUGGUGAAAUAUAUACACUGACAUAAAACUACUAUUUUAAAUGUAUUGUAUAUCAGUCACUGUUGUAGUUUGGGGAUAAUAACGUUCUUCACUUAUAGGAAAAUAUAUAUAUUUUAUAACCUCAUUCAUCCUGUAUUCUGUAGAUUAUCUAUUGUGUAUGUUGAUUACUGGGAAAAAUCUAAAAUGUUUUUUUUUUAAAUACGAUUAUGUGUAUUUUUCUUGAAAUAAAUAUUUAACCGCU